AACGCUCACGUCGCGUCCUCACUCAGUAGCCAGUACUACUGCCACGGUUGACAGCAGUAGCAGCAGGGAGCACAAGGAAGAAAGACGAUGAACAUGAGCUGCUCGGAGGAGAGGGAGAGGCCCCGGAGGAGCUGGGCGCCGGUGGUCCACGUCAACUUCGGCUUCGUCGCCGGCGUCGUCUUUGUGCUCCUAGUCUAUUUCGUCGUCCAGCAGCAGGAGGCGAUCAGCGCCCUCGGCGUUGCAACUACCACCGUAGUAUCACAAUGGAUGUCGCAUAAACAACUGAUCAAGGCCCCUCGUGAAAUACAACCGAUUAAAGCUCCUGGUGAAAUACUUGUCGCUUCUGACGUGCAUGCGAUCGCGGGCAAACAGCCGACUCAAGAUACAGUCCUGGCUUCUGACGUGCAGCCAAUCGUGGACAAACAGCCAAUUCAUGAUUCAGAGAAUGGCGAGGUGGUGUGUCACACGGAGGGCCUUUCCCGCGGUUACUCCGAAACCUGCGAAGUCGACGGCGACGUCCGCACCAACGGCACAGCCCUGUCGGUGACUCUCGUCCCGGCGAGCAGGUCGGUGCGCCGCGAGUGGAUGAUCAUGCCGUACGCGAAAAUGGAGGUCGUCGUUAGGAAUGUGACGGUGACGCAGCUGCAGGACCGGGCCGCCGCCCCGCCGUGCACGGUGACACACACGAUGCCGGCCGUCCUGUUCGCGAUCGGGGGGUACGUGGGCAACUACUGGCAUGACUACACCGACAUCCUGGUGCCGCUGUUCGUGGCGUCGCGGCGGUACCGCGGCGAGGUGACGUUCCUGAUCAGCAACAUCCAGCACAAGCCUGAAUGGCUGGUCAAGUACAAGACCCUCUUGGGGGCGCUGUCGAAGCACGCCUGGGUGGACAUGGACGGCGACACGGAGGUGCGGUGCUUCCCUCACGUCACGGUGGGGCUCCGCCUUGACAAGGAGCUGAGCAUCGUCCCCGAGCUGGUGCCGGGGGCGCCCCUCUCCAUGGUCGACUUCACCCGGUUCCUGCGCGAGACCUACGGCCUCCCACGCGGCGCGGCGGUCAGCCUGACCCGCGAGCCGGACAAGAAGCCGCGGCUGCUACUCAUCCACCGGGGACACUACCGCCUGUUCCUGAACGAGCUGGAGAUUGCGCAAGCGGCGGAGGCGGCAGGGUUCGAGGCGGUGGUGAUGGAGCUGCGGGGCAACGCGUCCGAGGUGGAGCAGGCGCGGCUGGUGAACUCGUUCGACGUGCUGCUGGGCAUGCACGGCGCCGGGCUGACGAACGCGUUGCACCUGCCGCCGGGCGGCGUGCUGAUCCAGGUGGUGCCGUACGGGAACAUAGAGGUCAUCGCGAGGUCGGAGUUCAGCGAGGGCGCGACGGACAUGGGGCUCAAGUACCUCGACUACAGCGUGAGCGCGGAGGAGAGCUCGCUGAUGGAGCUGCUGGGGCCGGAGCACCCGGCGAUCAAGGACCCCGACUCCAUCCACCGAAGCGGCUGGACCAACAUGUUCGACUUGUACCUUGGUAAGCAGAACGUCCGCAUCAACACCACCCGCUUCGCGCCAACGCUGGCGCAAGCGCUCGGCCACCUACGCCAGCAGUAGGUGGGAGAGAUACAUAUGUGCGUUAAUCACGUUGUUUUCUCUGCCAGUUCUUUUUAUGUUUUGGGUUAAUCGCAGUGGCUUCUUUUUGGCAUAACUAGCAAAGUGGCCUGUGUAAAUGCGCGGGUAAACAUGUUAAUAUAUAUGCUUUGUUUUAUAGUGGAAAUGUUAUGAUAAAAUAAUAGUGCAUAUUACUACUGAA